AUGGAACCAGGAAAUCGAACAAGUAUUUUAGGAUUUUUACUCCUGGGCUUUUCUCAAGACUCAAAGCACCAACCUCUGCUAUUUGGUUUGUUCCUGCUCAUGCUUCUGGUCACGGUGCUUGGAAACCUGCUCAUCAUCCUGGCCAUCGGCUCCCAUGCCCGCCUCCACACGCCCAUGUACUUCUUCCUCUCCAACCUGUCCUUGGCUGACAUCUGUUUCAUCUCUACAACCAUCCCAAAGAUGCUGCAGAACAUCAAGACUCAGAGCUAUUCCAUCACCUUCGCAGGCUGCAUCACUCAAAUGUACUUCUUCAUGGUUUUUGGUGGCAUGGACACACUUCUCCUCACCUGGAUGGCUUACGAUCGGUUUGUGGCCAUCUGCCACCCCUUGCACUACCCAGUCAUCAUGAAUCCCCGUCUCUGUGGCCUGCUGGUUCUCGUGUCCUGGUGCAUCAGUCUGUCGUAUGCCCUGAUCCAGAGCCUGUUGAUGCUGAGGCUGUCCUUCUGCACCAGGUGGGUAGUUGCACACUUGUACUGUGAGCUUGCUCAGGUCCUUGUGCUUGCCUGCUCUGACACGUCCAUCAAUUACACCCUGCUCUACCUGGUGACUGCUCUUCUUGGCUUCGUUCCCCUCUCAGGGAUCCUUUUCUCCUAUAUGCGAAUUGUCUCCUCCAUUCUGAAAAUUCCGUCGACUGGCGGAAGAUACAAAGCGUUCUCCACCUGUGGGUCUCAUCUAACUGUGGUGUCUCUGUUCUACGGGACAGGCCUUGGGGUGUAUCUCAGUUCUGACGUCUCGUCCUCUUCCUGGAAGGGCAUGGUGGCCUCGGUGAUGUACACUGUGGUCACUCCCAUGUUGAACCCCUUCAUCUACAGCCUGAGGAACACAGACAUUAAGAGAGCGUUACGAAGUCUUCUCGGGUUCACACUCCACGUUCAGUGA